UAUAGUAACCUUCACUGCAUGGGUGGCUGUAGAGAAAACGUUCUUGAGAUAAGUCUUAGAGAAGAUAAAAAUGAAUCGGAGUCCGAGGGAAAACGAAGAGAUUUGGCUGAUUCAGAUAUCACCUCAGAGGAUGCAAGAACGAGGUUGUCACCCAAUAAUAACAAUGUCAGCGUGGAGGAUGAAACCAUUUCCUCCAGUCCAGAAAAUGGGAAACUGGAAGUUAGACCAGCCAUGGAAUUUGUAUGUCACUCUUUACAAGGAAAGAAAAGCUUUUACAAGGACAAGGAAGAAAUCAAGCAAAAGGAAAGUUAUCACAGUUCUGAUCACACACAGAACAGUGAACAGAGUCCAAAGUUGACAAAUCCUUAUCCCCGGGACAAAAGAAACCUAAAAUCUCUUGUUGUUGACUUAAAUGUAUUUAAAAAACUGGACCUCUUUGCUACAAAGGUGACUGCUGUGACAUUGGAGCAGUUGGUAAAAGAACUUACAUGUGGUGCUAACACAGACUUAGAGAAGAUAAGAGCUAUCUGGAUAUGGAUAUGUCAUCAUAUAGAGUAUGACACAGCGGGGUUAAAGAAUAAAGAUCUGGUAUCCUCGGCCCCAGAAGAUGUCUUUCGGACCAAGAAAGGUGUAUGUACAGGGUACAGCUCGCUCUUUGAGCAUAUGUGCAGACUUGUUGGUGUUCCAUGCCAAUCAGUUAGCGGCUACAGCAAGGGAACAUCCUUCAAGACUGGACAGGAAGUAUCUGGGGACCUGGACCACACUUGGAACAUGGUAUCUUUAGAAGGACAUUGGCACUUGUUGGAUUGCACAUGGGGAGCUGGUUAUGUUGAUGAGAACAUAAGCAAGUUCAUUUUCCAGUACAAUGAGUUCUAUUUCCUUACUCAUCCUUCUCUUUUUAUUGGUGAUCACUACCCUGAGAAAACAGAUUUUCAAUUACUGGAGCCAAAGCUGUCCCAGAAGCAGUUUGAGCAAAGUGUUCACCGCAGGAGCCACUUCUACAGCUUAGGCUUGAUUUCCUCUCAGCCAGAAACAGCCAUUAUUGAAACAGAACAAGGGAAAGCGUCUGUCACUAUAGAAAGCCAGAACAACCUGUUAUUCCUCUUCAGCCUACAAGAAACAGAAGAUCCUGGUCUUCUAAGAGUCAUGGAUCACGAAGCCAAAUUUGAUAUUUACCCACAAAAGACUGGACAGCAGAUUUUACACAUUUAUGCAAAGAAACAAGAUACAAAAGAGGCUUACCAGAUGGUCCUGGAUUACAGAAUAGAUUGCAAAGAUGUUUACAACAAGAUAAAGAUCCCUAAAUGUCUCAGUAACCCUGUUGGUCCUAGUUGGUUGUCACAGAAAAUAGGGCUUUGUUCCCCUUCCCACAAAGAUCCAGUAAUCUAUGCAAAUAAUGGAUGCUGUACUAUUAGAUUUUCUAUGGAAAAGACACUAAAACUCACUGCCAGUCUCAAAUCAGAUGAAGGGAAAAACAUUUUUCAUCACAUCAUACAAACUGUACAGAACCAUAAAGUGGAGUUUAGCAUUCAUCUCCCACAAUCUGGUCAUUAUGUUCUCCAAAUAUUUGAUUCUGUUGUGGGGUAUGUCUGCAACUAUCUCAUAAUAUGUUUAAACCCCAAGGUCAAAUGUCUACCAUUCCCAGCUUUACUAAGCAACCCAGUUGGCCCAAAUCCAGACACAGAAAAGGCCGGUCUUCUUCAACCUUCUCACAUGGAGCCAAUUAUUCGUACAGAAGAUGGAUGUUGUACUAUCAGUUUCAAACUCAACAAAUAUCUAAAACUAAGCAGCAGCUUGAAGUCUGACAAAAUGCAGACUAUCCUUCACCAUGUAAUACAAAGGGCAGAAAAGCAUAAAGUUGAAUUUAAUAUCCGUCUUCCCCAUUUUGGUUCUUAUGUUUUCCAGAUAUUUGACGGUAAUAAUGAAUAUAUCUGCAAUUAUCUACUGCAUUGCUCAAAUCCUUCAGUCAAAUGGCCACCCUUUCCAAGUUUACUCCAUAGUCCAGUUGGUCCCAGCCCAGAGACAGAAAUGGUUGGACUGUUUCAGCCAUCACAUCCAGACCCAAUUGUCCACACAGAAGAUGGAUGUUUUACCCUAAGUUUUUACUAA